CUCGUAUGCCUACUAUUGCUUGCAUGAUGCAUAUGAUACGCCUGCACUACCUCUAUAUAUGUGGGUGGCAUUCAUAUCCCAGUAGACAUAGACCACAUGGCUUCAACGAUGGGUUUGAAGAAAGCUCUGCGUUGGCUGCCGCGUUCCUCUGCGAGCCGCCAGCUGGAGGAAGACGAAGACAACAACGAGAGGAAUGGGCUUCUGAGGAGCCACAGGGAUCAGACUCGGGUUGUGCCCGUGACGGAUCUCCAUGUCGAUGAGCAACCCAAGGCGUCGGCGGCAGCUGCUGCUCAUGUGGAGCCCAAGACUGUGGCCCUGAAGGUGUCGAUGCACUGCCAUGGCUGUGCGAGGAAGGUCGAGAAGCAGAUCUCCAAGCUCCACGGAGUUGUGUCCAUCAGAAUAGACCUGGGGAUGAAGACGGUGACCGUGGUUGGCAACGUUACCCCCAUGGAAGUCCUGGAAACCGUCUCCAAGGUGAUCAAGUACGCGCACAUUCUGCCGCCACCCUAGCGAUGCUCUUUCCCGGUCCACUGUGUGGUGAUCGCAUUUUUUUUUGAUGAAAACGAUGAGCACAUCCCUCUCCCCCCAUCCUCUUCUUAUAACGCUCAAUCUGUAUCCCGAAAACAGAAAAAUCCCCCCCAUCCUCUUCUUAUAACGCUCAAUCUGUAUCCCGAAAACAGAAAAAUCAUAAAAUAGAUUGUCAUUUGAGGAGCCACCCGUGUCCUCGGCUCCUUGCAA